GCGCAAUCUCUAUUUACAUUUGGAGUUUCAAUUCAUAUUACAUGUUUUUCUAGACUGCGAAGGGGAACUCGAGUCACGUGGCAGCCGAUAAACCUUGCAAAGGCGUAGGAAAAAAAAUGGCAUCUAAGGAGGUGAUAGGAGAGUGUGAAGACCCAAGCGUGGAGGUUCGGGUCAUAGGAGAACCCAUUGGAAAAGGCUUGUUUGCGCUGAAGAACUUCAAAGCCGGCGAGGUUAUUUUUGAAGAGCGGCCUCUGGUGUCCUGUCAGUUUCUGUGGAAUGCUGCUUAUGGAUAUUUAGCUUGUGAUUAUUGUAUGAGACCUCUUGAAACUGCCGAGGAGAAUGCCUGCCGUCUGGCUCAGAACCCCCACUUGUCGCUUCCGUACCCUGAAUGCUGUGACACAAAAAAGGACUCCCUUAUUGAGUGCCCCCAGUGUGAUGCGUCUUACUGUAGCCGAGAAUGUAGAGCCAGCGCUUGGAACCAAUAUCACGAAACAUUAUGUCUUCAGUCGUUCACACCUGACCCAUCGCAUCCUCUUGUAAUGUUGCAGGAAGCUUGGAAGUGGUGGGGAUUGCAGCCAGAUUCAAAUCACAGCCAGGGGUCGACAAGCCAAAAAAGAAUAAGGACCUCAGAUGUAGAGUAUGGGCAGAUGCAUUACCCUCCAGAAACAGCUUGCAUUAUGCUCCUGGCACGUAUCAUUGCCACUGUGCUUCAGGCGGCCGACAAGGAAGGGGCAACUGCUUUGUUUAUGCAGUUCUGUCACCGCACAGUGAACGAGGAAGAAGAAAUUGCCCACAAGCUGUUGGGAGCAGAAUUCCAUGACCAGUUAGAGGCUCUGAGGGACUUGAUGGAGAAGGCCCUAGGUGCUCCGGAAGUGCGUCAUUGGCUUACACCCGAGGGAUUUAGAUCACUGGUGGCUUUGGUAGGCACAAACGGCCAGGGCAUUGGGACAAGCCCCCUGAGUCGCUGGGUGAGAAAUUGCGAUGCUUUAGAAAUAUCUGCGGAAGAGAGAGAGAAGCUUGAUCAACUUAUUGACAAUAUAUAUGAUCAGCUGGAUAAGGAGGCUGGAGGGUUCCUGAACAAUGAGGGCUCAGGCCUCUACCCACUACAGAGUGCUUGCAAUCACAGCUGUGAUCCCAAUGCAAUGCCAACGUUUCCAUACAACAACUUCCACUUAGUAAUGACAGCAGUAAAAGACAUUGCUGCUGGGGAGGAGAUCUGUGUCAGCUACCUAGAUGAAUGCAACCUGAGCAGGAGUCGGCACUCGCGGAUCAACAUUCUCAGAGAAAACUACCUAUUCACCUGCCGAUGCACUAAGUGUAAUGAGCAGUCGGGAGACCCAGAUGUAACGAGUGAUGAAGACAUGGAAGAAGAGGAGGAGGAGGAGGAGGAUCAGUAAAAGGGAUGAGGAAGCGGGUCAGUGAGAAUUGUAUCGGGAGACUAUUAUGAAAUUUGUAACAAUCAAAACUGAAAGAGAGGAUGUGUAAUUUUUGAUUAUGCAUGAAAAGGUUUUGCAUUGUUUGGAGUUGCACGCUGUAUUGGCUUAUGUGAGGCCCAGUUGACAAUUGUUGUUCAGUAUAUUCAAAAUUUGUUGAGUAGUAAUGACUUAAUUCAUGUUUUUAACAAAUACAUACUUUUGUUAAGGCAAGCACAGAAGAGGUACGUUGAAAAAAUAUGUAGAUAUAUAUUUUUUUCUUUCUUUUUGUGGAAAAAUCUCUGCAAAUAGCUUCUUAAACCAGAUAUAUAUACAUAUACCCAAA